AUGAUUAUAAAAAAUCUUUUAAUAAAUAAAAUGGCUAAUUCUCUUAUCAUAAUGCUGGCUUUACUGCCAAUUUCAAUUUCCCAAUACUCAUAUUCCAACUGUCCUUGCUCAACAGAACAGUUGCAUAAUAAAAAAUGUGAUCAAGAAUGUAAUACCAGUGACUGCAAUUGAGAUAAUGAUGAGUGCUCGUCUAAUGGAGGCUUUGAAUAUGUCCAAAUGAUGGUGAUUCUUGGUGCUGCUGUUGGAUUUAUUGCAACAUUGUAAAUUUUAUUUAGCUUAUUUUUAUGCUUUGUUUCAGUAAGGCUAAAAUUAUUCAGCAAUCUAAGAAGCUUAGGACCUACCAACCCUUCAGAAAAUCACGUAACAAAGGAACAAAUAACUGAAGAGGUUCCACCUAUGAAUUUUUCAGAAGAUACAAAGUACUCUGGGGAGCCAGUUUGCACUAUCUGCCUUACUGAUUUCAAAAAUGGUGACGUGGUUAGGAUAACCAAGUGUAUAUAAUAAGAAAAAAUAUUUGAUAUUUUUACUAUUUUUUUAAAAAAAUUUAUCAUCUCCAAGUGUAUGCAUAUUUUUCAUUCAAAAUGCAUAGAGGAAUGGCUGCUUUCUACGAAUCAUCCAAAAUGUCCUGAUUGCAACAAAAUUUAUGUUUUUCAUGAGUUUUUUCAGUAA